CGAGCUCAACAGGUUUUACUUUAACUGUGAGGAUCAGAGUUGUCUCCUCCUCCUGCUCUCAUGAACCUUCCAUGUUUGAACAGGAGGAUAUUUCACCAUUAGCAGGAUCGACAGCUCAUUGGCAAGACGGGAAACACCUCAUUAGCUAGCCAUGACAUCAAUACCAGAUCUGAUAAGGAAGAAGCGCGACGGGGAGGAGCUGAGCAAUGAGGAGAUCAAAACUUUCAUUCAAGCCGUUUCCACCAAAAACAUCCAGGGAUGUCAGACAGGUGCCAUGUUGAUGGCUAUUUGGCAAAAGGGAAUGGUGGACUCCGAAAUCCAAAGCCUCACCAAAGAGAUGAUGUUAUCUGGGGAAGUCAUGUCUUGGCCAGAAGACUGGAUUGUGGUGGAUAAACACUCGACUGGUGGUGUUGGUGACAAAGUCAGCUUGGUGCUGGCGCCAGCACUUGCCGCCUGUGGCUGUAAGGUGCCCAUGAUCAGUGGCCGUGGCCUGGCACAUACUGGAGGAACUCUGGACAAACUGGAAUCAAUACCUGGAUACAGCAUCCAGCAGUCAGCUCAGCAGGUCCGUGACAUUCUCAGUACUGUGGGCUGCUGCAUCAUCGGGCAGACAGAGACCCUGGUUCCAGCAGACAGAGUUCUGUACGCCCUGAGGGAUGCCACCAGUACUGUGGACAGUUUGCCACUCAUAGCGGGAUCGAUUAUCUCCAAAAAAGGGGCGGAGUCUCUCUCAGCGCUUGUCCUGGACGUUAAGUUUGGACGAGCCGCUCUCUACAAAGACAUAGACAGCGCCAGAGAACUGGCACAGAAGUUGGUGACAACAGGAAACGCACUCGGCAUACGCACCGCAGCGGCCCUCACCACGAUGGACGCAACUAUUGGUCGAUGCGUUGGAAACAGCGUGGAGGUGAUCGAAUCUCUGGAGACUCUCAAAGGGAGGGGACCAGAGGACUUGCUGCAGCUGGUCAAGCGCCUCGGUGGCGUGUUGCUAAAGAUGACCCAAGUGGCCACUGACCAAUCCGACGGUGAGAGGCGGAUUCUUGAAGCAGUUGCUAAUGGAACAGCUCUGACCAAAUUCCAGCAGAUGAUGGAGGCGCAAGGUGUGGCCACUAAGACAGCUCAGUUGCUUUGCUCUGCCAACACCAACUAUUACAACAUCUUCAGAAAAGCCAGGCAUCAGCAGGAACUAACAACAACCGAGAGCGGGAUUGUUGUGGACUUCGAUGGGAUGGUUUUAGCUGAGGUUCUUCACAGACUGGGUGCCGGUCGAUCACGUGCUGGGCAGGCUAUUAAUCACAGUGUGGGGGCAGAGCUACUGGUAUCAUUGGGUCAAGAGGUCACCAGAGGUGCUCCCUGGUUGCGUCUGCAUUAUGAUGAAGAUCCAACACCAGACCAGAUUAAUCGAUUGCAGAACGCUCUCACGGUGGUGGGAUCACAGGGAUUUCAGCAAGAGUCUUUGGUGAAAGAAUUGCUGCUUCCCAAAUGAAUGCCUGUAACCAUGAAUCACUUUAUCAAUACUUGUAAGAAAAGUAUAACCAGGUCAAAUAAAUAAGUCCACCAAG